GUGGUGAUUGGGGUUUUCGUUUGCGACCUCUGCCGCCUUCGUCCUUUGAUUGGUAAAGUUCAGUCGAUCUUGGGGGAGAAGAGCAGUGCGGUAGCACGGGAGGAACGUGCAGCGUGUUUCCGGGAGUCGUCGAUCGGUAGCAGGGGAGCGGGGUACUAAAACACGGCAAUGGAAGCCGAGUUUCGGGAAAUUGAUGAAUCCGGGAACUGGAACGCCAUUUACCAGGAAAUCAGACAACAAUCAAGUGAACUGCCCUGCAAGAUUGCCAGGCUUCCAGAGAACAGAAUCCGCAAUCGCUACAGAGAUGUCAGCCCAUGUAUUCGACCAUAGCCGGAUUCAUCUUCAGCUGGCCAGCAAUGACUACAUCAAUGCCAGUCUGAUCUCCAUGGAGGAAGCACAGAGAAGUUACAUUCUCACUCAGGGUCCUUUACCUAACACAUGUGGCCAUUUCUGGGAAAUGGUCUGGGAACAGAGGACUCGUGGGGUUGUCAUGUUGAACCGUGUUAUUGAAAAAGGCUCGGUGAAGUGUGCACAGUACUGGCCUCAGAGAGAGGAGCGCGAAGCCAUGUUUGAGGACACAAACUUCAAGCUGAUGCUGGUUUCAGAGGAUGUGAAGUCAUAUUACACAGUAAGGCAGCUGGAGCUGGAGAAUCUAACGACUCAGGAAACCAGGGAGAUUCUUCAUUUUCACUACACAACCUGGCCUGACUUCGGCGUGCCAGAGUCUCCGGCAUCCUUUUUGAACUUCUUGUUUAAGGUGCGUGAGUCGGGCUGCCUCAGUUCAGACCAGGGCCCUGUGAUAGUCCACUGCAGCGCCGGCAUCGGCCGCUCGGGAACCUUCUGCCUUGUAGACACCUGCCUCCUGCUGAUGUCUCUACGGAAAGACCCAUCAUCUGUCCGAAUCAAGGAUGUUCUGCUGGACAUGAGGCGGUACCGGAUGGGUCUGAUCCAAACGGCAGACCAGCUCCGAUUCUCCUACCUCGCCGUUAUUGAGGGAGCAAAGUACAUCAUGGGAGACACAUCUGUCCAGGAGUCAUGGAAGGAGUUAUCGAAUGAGGAACACCCUCCACCAGACUUCACUCCCCCACCUAGGCCGCAACCCCCAAAAGGUCCCCACAACGGCAUGGGUGACUCUGUAAAGUUAGAGCCCACAAUACGUUUUUUCCAUGAGCUGAUUCAGGAGAGCAAUGAUAUUCGCACACACAGUGCUCCUCCAGAGAUUCGCAGGCGGCCGGUAGCGGGUGAGCCUGGUACGUCGUCCUUGUCUAGCAAUCAGCCUGACGGUGCCAAUGCUCUCCAGCCAAGCGACAUAGUCACAGCAACAGAGGCUCCGCCCAGAGCCUCACGGUCGUCCCCAGAGAUGCCGCCUGUGCUGCCUGGUGGCAGUGUGGCAGGCGAGAGAAGCCGCCUGCUGGCUAGUGUGUGUGUGUGCACUGCACUCGUAUUAGGUGCUUAUGCCUGUUACCGUUUCUGUUUUCGCUGAUGUGUUGUCUCUGUCUCUGUCUGUCUGUCUCUCUCUCUCUCUCUCUCUCUCUCUCUCUCUCUCUCUCUCUCUCUCUCUCUCUCUCUCUCUCUCUCUCUCUCUCCCCUCCAUCAGGGGAUAGUAUUGGGGUGGGGGAAUAGGUUCUGCUGGCCAGCCAGCCCUCUCUACCUCAUUAGAGAAAGGGAGAGAUGCAGAGGGAGAGCCAUCUGCCAGUGAGAUCUGUCUCUUUAUUCAUAUUAUCUUUUGACUUGUUUUUUAGUAUCCCAGUUCUCUCCUUAGUUUGGGAAAGGAUGCAGAAAAGCAACCAAACUACUGUUAUCCCCCAUUUUACACACACACAAACAUAGUCUAUGUUCUCAAUAUCUCAGGGCGUCAGAUAUCAGGUGUCACCCAAAUAUGGCAUCCAGGUGUUACUUAUCCAAAUAAACCCUCUUAUUAUUGCUGCAAUAAGCAAGGGAAUGUUAGUGUGUUCACUGUGUGCAUGUGUGUGUAGUUGGGAGAUAUAUUGUAUGUGUGGUCUGUUUACCUUUCUUGAACCUUCCUAGAGCUUUCAUUUCUUUUGUCUUUUCCUGUUAUGCGUUAACAGUGCCUCUUAAUCUACAGCAGUGGGGGGUGUGUGUGAGUGAGACAGAGAAAGAGUGGUACUGAAGCCAGGAUCCAGCAGGUGCCUGCUCAUUCUCUGUAUGGAGAGAGGCUAGUUCUCCUACUCGGAAAGAAACUUGCCAGUCAUACAUGUACAUGUUCUCUUUUAGACUGCUUUGAUGCCAGGGCAUGUUUGUGAAUGAGCUGUUCUAUAAGCCAGGUGGGAGCUUGCUCCCUGCUAGGCUAAAGGGAAGUGUGUUUGUUUUUUUGUUUGUUUUUUGUUUUUUUUUUUCCUUAGAUGAAACAGAAUGUGUAUAUAUACUUAAGGAUGGUCAGUGACAUGUCCUGAUGCUCUGAUCUCACAUUCUGUUUUAGUGAGAGAAGACACAGUUAGCCAGGCUUCAGCUUUCUGGUGUUUGUAAUAGUAGCCCAGCAUUUCCUUGGCCAUUUCUUUCUCAUGUCGUUUUCAUUGUAAGGCCUGUUCAAUUAUUUCACUUGAGUGAGCUUUUGUGCUUUGAGGUGUGGUUGUGUGUGUGAUUGUGUGGGUGUGUGCAUGUGCGCUCUCGAUAGGGCCUGAACGGAGAGGUGGGAUAGCAAGCCAUGAGCAUGUUCUAGCCCGCCUCUUCCUGCCCACUUCCAAAGGUCACAUUUGCACUUAGUUUUUCAACAGCAAAAUGACAAUAUAAGAUGCAAUGAUGAGGCUCCAAUGGACGAGUCACGUCCACUCAGCCUGUUGCUUGUUUUUGCUUUGGCUCUUAUGAACUCUUGGAAUGUGCUUUUCUUUUUUAUUAAAGAUUUUCUGUCAUAGUAUUCUUUUCAACCUAUUUUGUUUGUCAUCGAGCUUGGAAGUAUCUGAUCAGCAUUUUCAGGGACAUUAUACUUGUUCUUAUGGUUUUAUAAAAGUAAUUGAAAGCUUUGCUUUUCUGGCUCAGAAUCUGUAGUGGAGGCAGGGGGUGGAGUUAGCGCUGCAUUAAACGUUACCACAAGGUUAUGAAUAUUUAACCUUCCCAGGCCGCAAUAACGCACAACAAUGCCAGGUCAGCCCCGACACACUGGCUCAAUUCCAAACCCUUUCCCGCUUUUUGCAGUCAUAGCAUACUGGAGGGAAUCGCAGCUUUCACGUCGACUCAGAAUCCAGCCACCAGGUGGCAGAGUUAAGUCUGGUUGCUUACUUCAGUGCAGUAUUUUCUGCUGUUAUGGUGCUAAAGGAAGGGUUGUAGUGGUUGGAUUUGGCCAUCAUUUCCUCCUCCACUUCUUCUGUUAGCAAUAUACAAGUACACUUGAAUGUUUGUGGUCCCUUAUAAAUGGGUUCAUGAGGUGCAAGAACAAGAAACAGGCAAUCCCUUUUUUUCAGCUUAAAGUUUAUAAUGGCAGCUGACACUUGUAUACUUAUGUUCCUUGGCCAAAAGCCAGUGUAGGAGGAAAGAUGCAUGAAUAAAAUGGUGGCGUGUUUUUAGUUAGUUUUUUUUAGCUAAGGUCUCUGAAGAUAUGGUUUUUGGUUCAGAUAGGCUUAAGUGAUUUUGUUCUGUGAGCAUGUCUGAUUAUUAUGGAGACAGUUUAGACUUUGUGUUCCUGUAUUAUGGCAAAUCACCUGCCUAUUGUCUUCCCUGAAGUGCAAGGGUUAGUUGUGUCACUAGUACAGAACACUUAUAGACUAUUGGCUAAUUUAAAGUAUAUCAGGGUGAUUUUUUUUUUAAUUAUUAUUUUUUUUUUAAUAUAUAUAUAUUUUUUAAAAUGAGUGCAAAUUCAUCGACUUAAGUUUGUACAUUUAAUUCUAAGCUCAUGUAAACCAUAAACCUGAUCAGUGAUCUCCCUUUUUUUUUUUUUUUCCCCUCCCAUGGGCUAUUUGACAAAGAAACUAGUGGAUAGAAAAUGCUGACUAACAUCCAUGAUUUAGGACCACAUAUUAUCAGCAUUCUUCAGAUCUUUCAGCCUCCCUGGACAGAGAGCAGUGGGGGUCAAUCAAAUAAAUAAACAAAGCACCAGCACAUGGAGAAAAAUGAGACUGGUCAUAGGAUUUAGCAGCCUUGCCAUAGGUUGGACUUUGUCAUCUACAUAUGAUUAUUACUGUUAUUAUUAGAGGUUGCUGAUGGUUGACUGCAAAUAUUUCCUCCAAGUCAAACAGAAAAAGCUCAACAGGUUGACAGAAUGUGUAUACAUCUUCAAAUUGACAAAUAGCUGACAAUGCUCUUAUGAUCAAAUUUGUUUUACUUUUUGCAAUGAUUCCAGUCAGUUUAUUAUUUUAGAGCAGUACCUGAACUUGUUUGGCCUGCAUUAAAGGAACUAUCUUUGCCUGAACAACUUCAAAAUGACAACUUGUGAUUGUACUUCGACAUGCUGGGUUGGGUUUGAUGAUAUUCUCUUAAUUUGCUUUUCUCACAGGUUAUGAUUGGAUUAAAGGUCUUACUGUUGGACUGACAGUGCGAGAAUCUAGUUUACACUAGUGAUUUAAAAGUGCCCAAUCCCUGUGGCCAGCUCAGCGGCUGGAAUCCUAGAAUGUAACGUCCUUCUUAUGGACAGCCCCACUCACUACUUGUUUUGUUCUUGGUAGAUUGCUUGUGUUUGUGGGGUUUUCUUUUUUCUGCACGGGCAGAACGCUACAAUUCUGAAAACCUCUCAGCCUUUAUGUGGAAGGUCUCCUUUGCCCCCUUCACUUUUUUUCUUUUUUUUUUUUUUUUCUUUUUUUGUUCAUUUAUUUUUUUAUGUUCAGUAUACAUUAUAUUACUCUUUUGUACAAAUAACUACUGCUUUGUUCUGGUUGAUCUGAUACUCAUUGGAGAUUUUUAUGUUCAGACUGAAAGCCAAACAAAUGCUGUGGUAAUAAAAUCAUGUCUUAGAA